AUGCAUCUCUGCGUAACAUUUCUUCUUUGUGCCGUUGCGUACGGCAUUGGCCGCAUUUCAGAGCCAGAUCUGAGAGCUGUUAACUUUGCCGGCAAGAUAGAAGGAAAAAAGCUGAACGGAAGCCUGAUAAGAGAAAUAGAAGUGGAUUCGGAAAGUUCCUGUCAGCUUGAGUGUGUAGAUGAAGAGCGAUGUCAGUCUUACAACUUUGGAACCAUAGAGGGCAACUCAGGGAAAUUCAGAUGUGAGCUAAGCGACUCUGAUCGAUUUGUUGGAUUAGCUAACUUUACCAAGGAUGAACAUUUCAUUUACAGAGGAAUAAUGAGCACCUGCGAGGAAGAUAAUCCUUGCAAGGAGAAUGAGAUUUGUGUUGUUGACUACAAAUCAAACACUCAUGUUUGUAAGUGUAUUAGAGAUUGCCCUAAGAACUGUCUUGACUAUUAUCAAAAUGGUUCCAAAACUGACGGUGUGUACUGGGUUCAACCUGAUGAAGAAGAACCCUUUCAAGUGCUGUGUGACAUGACAACUGAUGGCGGAGGAUGGACCAUCUUUCAAAGGCGCAUGGAUGGCUCUGUGGACUUUUAUGUCGACUGGGAAUCAUACAAAAGAGGCUUUGGAAAUUUGAAAGGCGAGUUUUGGCUCGGAAACGAUUAUCUUCACCGUCUGACUGCAUCUGCCAGCAUGGCGUUUCGAAUUGAUAUGGAGGAUUACGAAGGCGACCGACGAUUUGCCGAGUACACGACUUUUACUGUGGCCGACGAAAGCGAUAAUUAUCAGGUGACAAUCGAUGGAUACCGAGGCACCGCAGGCGACUCAUUGCUUUCGAACAUACCUAUCAGAAACAUGAGGUUUACAACCAAAGACAAAGAUAACGACGAUAAAAACAACGGAAACUGUGCGUUAGACUAUAAAGGUGGAUGGUGCCCCCUUUUCAAUGAACGUGCGCACUUGGUCUUGCGUCAGGGACUUGAAGCUGAUUGCCCUAAGAACUGUCUUGACUAUUAUCAAAAUGGUUCCAAAACUGACGGUGUGUACUGGGUUUACCCUGAUGAAGAAGAACCCUUUCAAGUGCCGUGCGACAUGAUAACUGAUGGCGGAGGAUGGACCAUCUUUCAAAGGCGCAUGGAUGGCUCCGUGGACUUUUAUGUCGACUGGGAAUCAUACAAAAAAGGCUUUGGAAAUCUGGAGGGCGAGUUUUGGCUCGGAAACGAUUAUCUUCACCGUCUGACUGCAUCUGCUAACAUGGUGUCUCGAAUUGAUAUGGAGGAUUACGAAAACGACCCACGAUUUGCCGAGUACACAACUUUCGCUGUGGCCGACGAAAGCGACAAUUAUCAAGUGACAAUCGAUGGAUACCGAGGCACUGCAGGCGACUCAUUGCUUUCGUACUCGAGGCCUAUUAAAGACAUGAGGUUUACUAACGACGUUAGUACUGGUGGAAACUGUGCGUCAAGCUUUAAAGGUGGCUGGUGGUACAACUACUGCCAUAAUGCCAAUCCAAAUGGUUUGUACAAAGGCGGAGGUUACGCACAAGUGUCUAGUACAUUUCAACAUGAACUUAGAGAAAAUAACCAUGGAGAAAGAUGGUUUGGCCCACGAGACAUUUACUUAAACCGUGAACUCCCUUUUGAAGAUGGUGCUGAGCUGAAUUAUGGCCAAUAG